AGUGGAGUUAUGACGUCUCAAACCGGCGCCGCGCUGCUUUCCAUCUGUGAUUCGGCUGGAGAAAGGAACAGGGUCAGGAAACGCUGGUCUAGUGUCCAAACCCAGAGAAACUCCUGCUGAAGUGACACAGCUCUACGUGCCAGACUAUUAUAAAGAUGGCGUUCAUUAAAGAGGAGAGUGAAGACGUCAAGAUUGGAGGAACAUCCACAGUCAAUCAUGAAGAUCCUGAGGAAAAAACAGGUCUGAUUAUGCCGAAAGAGGAGAGAAUGAGAUUCAAUCAGAGAGUAGACUUCAGAGUCGACACAAAGAUUCACACCAGAAAGAAGCCCUACACUUGUACUCAGUGUGGAAAAGGUUUCAUGCAUAAGCGUUCUCUAAAUGGCCACAUAGGAAUUCACAGCGGAGAGAGGCCGUACACCUGCCCUCAGUGUGGAAAGGGUUUUUUAUAUAAACAUUCUCUCAGUGUCCAUACAAGAAAUCACAAUAAAGACAAGCUGUUCACCUGCGAUCAGUGUGGAAAAGGAUACAGUAUAAAAGGAAACCUUGACAUCCACAUGAGAACUCACACUGAAGAGAAGCCUUACACUUGCCCUCAUUGUGGAAAGAGUUUUGUACGUAAACACACUCUUCAUGCCCAUGUGAGAAUCCACACUGGAGAGAAGAUUUUUGCCUGCCCUCAGUGUGGAAAGAGUUUCUCUCUUCAAGGACAUCUUAAAACCCACAUGAGGAUUCACUCUGAAACAAAACCUUACAGCUGCUCUCAAUGCGGAAGGAGUUUUUACGAUAAAAAAUCACUUGAUGUGCACACAAGGAUUCACACCGGAGAGAAGCCUCACACUUGCCCUCAGUGUGGAAAGAGUUUCGUUCAUAAACACUCACUCCGAAUCCAUUCAAGAUUUCAUAGUGGAGUGAGGCUUUUAGCAUGCCAGGAGUGUGGAAGAUGUUUCAGUAUAAAGGCAAACCUUAAAGCCCACAUGAGAACUCACACUGGAGAGAAGCUGGUUACUUGCGGUCAGUGCGGAAAGAGUUUCGCUAAUCAAAGCUACCUUUCAACCCACAUGAGGAUUCACACCGGAGAGAGACCUUUCGUCUGCAAAGAGUGUGGGAAAUGUUUCCAUAAAAGAGGAAACCUUACAGCCCACAUGAGGAUUCACACCGGAGAGAAGCCUUACAGCUGCAAAAUAUGUGAAGAGACGUUCAGAUCAACACAAAUGCUUAAAGGUCACAUAAUCAUUCACACUGCUGAGAAAUCAUCCCUGUGUUGUUAGUCUGGAAUGAGUUUCAGAUGGAAAGAAACACGCAAAUGAUCACUGAUAAUGAUUCUGUGGGAACGCUUCUGCAUGUCUCUGAAGCACGUAAUGUCAAUGUUGAUGUGCAACGUCAUGUUGAGGUGACAUCAGGCCUAACAAGCUUAAAAGUGCACAGAAACAAAGCUGUGUCUACAAAUUGCUUGAAAUUGAUCCUGAGAUUGUCAGAAUGCAUUAUGAUUCUCUCUUGAAUCCAUUUUGUAACAGCUGAUGGUGCUCUAGGCUGGUGUUUAACAGCAGAUGGCGCUCUAGGCUGGUGUUUAACAGCAGAUGGCGCUCUAGGCUAGUGUUUAACAGCAUACGGUGCUCUAGGCCAGUGGUUCUCAAACUUUUAAACCAGCGACCCCCCCAUUGUAAGAUUGUCAAGAACUCGCGACCCGCCACUACCAAAGCAUAUCCAAACAAUAAAAAUAGCUUUUUUUUUAAGCUGUUCACAAUAUUUUAACUAUAUUUACUAUAGAUUACAGGGCUCGAAAUUAACAUUUUUGCUUGGUAGUACUGGUGCUCCUAACAUUAAAAAUUUAGGUGCACCAGCCAAAAUUUAGUGGCUCCCACUAAGUAUCGCUAUGUUACUACAAGUUUUAUAAACAGAUUUAUUGCAUUUGAAAUCAACAAUAAUCAAAACUAACAAGCAAAAAAUAUAUAUAUGCAUGCGUGAGGAAAAUAUGUCUCAAUGAAAUCCCGUUAUCACAAGAAAACACAUUUUUAUAGCGUAAUUGAGGGACCAAAAGAUAUCACGGACGGACCGCUCACCGGCCCUGCACGCACUGCUUGACAUGAAUUCAUUAAUGAAUCUCUUAACAAUAACUGUGCCGUGUUCUAACGCCUGGUGAUAUUGCACAGAUGCUUUUGUCAUAUACCUUAUUAUUUGCAUACUUCAUUUUAAUAGCAAUACCGGUCUUUUCAUGAGCUGCAAUAUUAGUUUAAUCUUAGUCAGUGCAAGCCCUUUUGCGAUGGUGUACGUGGUGUUAACUUCUACAUAUAGCUGCCACUUGUACGGCUGACUGCAUCUGGCGAUUAAAUGAAGGAUUAAACAACCUCUCGUGCUUAAUGUGUAGAUUCAGUGGCAAACAGUUACCUGAAAAUUCCGUCCCACAGACUUUACAGUGAAUGCUUUAGUUAUUUUCAUAGCAGACUUGAAGCCAAUGGAAGUCUUAUCCACUCUUCAAUAAGUAUAGCUGGUGGAUUAACAUUCACCACGUGAUCAGUAAUCAGAUGUGCCAUUAUUUGUAGCUUUAGGUGGUUUCUAAAACUAAAUCUGUCAGUGUUGUUUUCAUUCUCAUCUUUACAUUUUCGCGGUUGUAGCUCCUGUCAUCUGAAGACAGGAGGCGUUGACUGAGUGAUUGACAGCUGAUUUUAACCAAUCAUUCGUGUUCAGUUCUUAGAGCAGUGGGCCAAUAAGAAGAGCGCGAAGGCGGGGCAAGCGUUGAAGGCUUUGUUUACUGCGGCAAGUUGACAUGACAACAGUUUUAAACUGUUCCUGAGCGCUGUGUUCCAAGUACAAAGAUGCAUUCUGCCUGAAUGUGUCCUAAAUACUUGAAUCAGUAAUAUCUUUUUACCAAUCUGAAAAUAUUAGCUUUCACUGAUAAUACUGAAAAAUAUUUAUUAUAAUCACUGAAAAUUACACAGUUUUUAAAUCACUCUCGCGACCCCUUGAAAUUAUUCUGAGACCCCCGCUGGGGUCGCGACCCCCAGUUUGAGAAUCACUGCUCUAGGCUAGCGUCUAACAGCAGACGGCGCUCUAGACUAGUGUUUAACAGCACACAGCGCUCUAGGGUAGUUUUUAAACAAAUUAAAAUUGUUUGUAAAUAAAUUAGAGUUCCUGUCAAAAAAUCUGAUUGGUAAAAUGGUGUAAUCUAAUGAUUAUGUCUCUCUGGGAAAUCAUGUGUAAGGAGGUAAGCAGAGGACCUAAUGCUGAGCCCUGUGGCCCUCCAUACUUGCAUUCAAUGAAUGCAGGAGAGAAAGUAGGUGAUUUAGCAUGUCGUGCUAAAACCGACAUUGGCCAAAUAUCAGAGGCAGUGCUAACACAUUUGGGUAUUUUUGAAUUUGAUUGUGAGGGUAAAAAUGGGGUGAGUUGACAUAAUUUGUUGCGGUUUGGGAUCUGUGUGCUGUGUUGAAGUAUUUCAUUCAGUAAUUGUGACACUAUUAACCAGAUGGCACAGAGACACAGUAAAUAGUGGUUCAGGUCACCGGUUCCAUCUUUUUGAACUACUACCCCUUGGAGGUGUCAGAAUAGUAACAAGUAAAUAAAAGAUUGCCAAAAAGCCAUUUUGGUAGGCCUGCUGCACUCCUCUGCUAACAAAAUGUUUUGUUUUAAAAACACUGGUCUGAUGUAUGAACUUUGUGAUUGUGUUUUUAAGUGUCCGGCAUUCCACACUUUGAUUAAACAAGUGCAAGUGCAAAA